CGCCUGCCUACCAGACCUCUGCAGACUUCAGGAUUGGCUGCACAGAGGACUUCAGCGCCAGCCACAGCAUAGCGACGGUCGAUGGGAGAUUAUUAUCCGUGCACAAUAAUUCACACUUACAGAGCUGUAUGUGGCUGCUCUUCACAUUUUGCAUUUUUAUGAGGAAUGAACUGAGGUGCUUCUUCUACUGUCUUCUGAACAUACUGCUGAUUCUUCUAUGGACACAGAUUGAGGUACAGCGUCCAGUGCAGACAAAAUAAAGUGGAGAAAGGAAGAUGCCUGCUCCGCCUCCCCCACCACCCCCAGGGCCUCCCCCUCCUCCCACCUUUGCUCUUGCCAACACAGAGAAACCACCUCCGCAGAAGGGGCGGUCCGCUCUAUUGUCUGACAUUAGUAAAGGCUCCAGACUAAAGAAGACUGUUACCAAUGACCGCAGUGGACCCAGUCUGGACAAACCCAAAGGAGGUGGAGGUGGAGGUGGAGGUGGAGGAGGAGGAGGAGGAGGUGGUGGUGGUGGAGGUGGAGGAGGUGGAGGUGGCGGAGGUGGUGGUGGUUUAGGUGGCCUGUUCGCAGGAGGGAUGCCAAAACUGAGGUCUGCAUCAAACAGAGAGUCCAAUGACUCAGGACCCAGUCGAGCACCUAUACUCCCCCCAGGAGGCCGCUCUGGUGGCCCCAGUCCCUUUGGUGGCGGUGGAGGCCCCAGCCCCUUUGGUGGCGGUGGAGGCCCACCUAAACUCCCAGGAGGCCCACCUGGUCGUAGUAAUGCCCCUGAUCUUCCCAAGGGCCGCCCAAAUUUCUCAAGACAAGACACUCCAGGCGGCCCCCCUCCCGUGCCCAACACACCUCGACCAACCCAGGGCUUCCAGUCUCGUGGAGGCCCACCACCGCCAUCGCUCCCUGGAGGACCCAGACCCAGCCAUGCUUCUGCAGCUCUACCUCCUAGUGUUCCAUCAGGGAGGCAUGGACCUCUCCCUCCACCACCAGGAGGCUCCUCACCUGGGUCACGAGCAAGCUUAUCCGGGCCCCCUCCUCCACCCCCCAACAGCAGCCGACCUGCUUUACCCCCAGCUCCUGGAGGGAGGCCCCCACUUCCUGAUGACCGGCCUCCACCACCUCCUAUGGGCGGUCAUAGACCAUCUAUGCCCCGUGAUUUCCCCCCUCCUCCUCCUGCUGUCAACUCCAAACCGCCUUCCUCUGUCUCUUCCCCCUCUCGUCCUUCCCCUGGUGGAGGUGCACCACCUCUCCCACCAGGCCGACCGGGACCUCCUCCUCUCCCACCAAGCCCAGCUGGAGGGGAUGAUCACAGCACUCCUCGUCUACCCCAAAGGAACAGCUCACUUAACAGCCAUCCUCCAGCUCCACCACAUGGUCGGGCAGGACCUCUCCCUCCUCCACCAAACGAGAGACCGCCAUCUCUUGGAAGAAACCCUUCAGCACGCUCAGGACCCCUUCCUCCCCCUCCUCCCUCAGGUCGUACCGUGGGUGGGGGAAGUGUGAGGUCAUCACAAGCACCUCCUCCUGUAGGUCGGCCUGGCCCAGAGCCCCCUCGUGGGGGACCUGGCGGUAGACCUCCACUCCCUCCGGACAGGCCUGGGGCAGGAGGGCCCCUUCCUCCUCCACCACCCAUGGGCAACGGCUUUCAAAACUCUCACCACAACCAGAUACAGGAUGAGUGGGAGUGCCGGUUCAAUUUCCAUCCAAUGUCGGACUUUCCUCCACCUGAGCCCUACGUUCCUUUCCCAAAGACUUACCCCAGCAAGAUUGCCAAGAAUGAGGGCGGCAGAGGUUCUGGUAAGAAGGAAAGAGGAGCCCCUCCUCUUCCUCCUAUAUCCAGGUGAAGAAGUGGCACCCAUCACAACACCUGGACCUACUUUCUCUAUUUUCCUACCUUUCUCUCUCUCUCUUUCUGUUGCGCUCAUCGUGCUUUGACCUAUGGCAUGUGGAUCAUGUAUGGACUGAAAUAUGGACCUGAAGUACAGUUGGCCAAGUAAAAGGACAGACUCACAAUGUGGAGUUUGGAUUAUAUGCAUCUGUAGCAGCAGAAUGGUAGCAUUCAAAGACCAAAGCAUGUUCAUACUCUGGUAUACUGUCUUCAAAUAAAAAGAAAAAAAUACGUAGGCACUAUUAAAAAAAAGAAAAGAAAGAAAAAAAAAUCAGGUUUACAACUAUGCAUGGCUGCAGCUGGAUGGUGCGUUCUAGGUAGACCUGGUUGCUGUGAGACAUAGAUCACUUAUGAACAACAGUAUUUUCACAAAACGUUAUGCACAUCGACUCCCAGAAAAUGUUUUCAUCCCAUUCUACAGCAAUUAAUGGAGUUCAUUAAUUCCAUGCCCAAUAUUAUAUCUUGCCACCCACUUACACUUUUAGAAGAAAACUGUAGCAUGUGUGACCCUCCCAGCCUGUUUACUCAGACAGCAUUAGGUGAAGCUAAAUCAACAUCUUAUGGGGAGAUUAUUGUCAACAUUGACGUCCCAGGGUUAUAAUGAUGCAAUAGUACAGAGUUUAUUAUGCAACCAUUUGGCUUCCUCAGGGGCGUUGAGAAGCUAUUGCUCAUUUCGUUUGCUGGUGUUUCCAGUAUGCCUUUUUCUAUUGUAAUUUCAGGCUGCUUAAAAGAGUUAAGGGAAUUAGCCAGGGAUGCCUUUUGUGCCUUAAAUUAUGUGUGUGUAUAUAGUUCCCCUGUUUGUUCAGCUGGAUUGGAUCACCUCUGAUGAUGUAAAAACAGCACCGUGACCGGACGUCAAGAAUGUUAAGUGUAAGAAGGUGUCGUAAUAACAUCACCAUUGCAAUGAAGACUUCUGUUUGUUAUUACGAUGGACCUGGAACCAAAACUAAACUUGGCCCUGUCACUGCUGCAUAAACCAUCAGGGGAAACGCGGGUGUUUAAUUUGCCAAAGCCACAUGUGCCUUCACAGUAUGUACAAUUUACAGCUGUGCAUUUUUGUUUGAACCACUGAACGGUACUAUUCAUUUGAUUGUCAGAUGUGAGCAUGCAUGUAAUGCUUAUGAUUUAGAUCAACUUUGUUUUAAAGGACAUUGUAUGGGAACUUAGUAUUGGUUUACAGUCGAACUGAUUUUCAUUUGCUGUUUUGUUAAAAGCUUACUUACUAUGAAGGAACUGUGUAUGUAUCGAUGUGAUUUAAUCAAAAGGUAUUGGAACUUUAUUAUUUUAAGUUAUGUUUCAGAACUGUGCAGUAUUAUGAUGCUUCACCCAGCCCUGCUCUUUUUGUAUACAUGAUGUAUUAACAUUAGGUGUUGGUCAAAAUAAACAACAACAACAACAAAAACUUUUCUUAAAGACAAUCAAACAGAAUUAAACCUAUUUACAUGAAUAAAUAAAAUGCUUUAAGAUGCUU